AUGUUAGGAAAUCAACCAAUGUUCCCUACAUCUAAUGUCCCAUUUCAGCCAUUCAAUCCUCCACCAUAUUAUCAAAUUCCUCCAAACUUCUAUCCUCCAAAUUUUCAAGCAUUCGGAAGUUCAUCAUCUCCUCAAUUCAUGAUGCAAGCCACUGAAACAAUGGACACUCCACAAUACUGCACACCUAUCAAUUUAGCAGAUGAUGACGUUCCUGACAAUACAAAAAAUAAAGAUACAAGGAAGGUGUGGAGCUCGACCGAAGACGAACUUCUAAUCAGUGCAUGGCUAAACACAAGUAAGGAUGAUGUAACCAACACUGACCUACCAAGUAGUGCUUUUUGGAAAAGAAUCGCAUCGUACUAUAUGGAGAACAAGCCUAAAAGUGCAACGAGCAGAGGUGUUACUCAAUGUAAAAAUCGUUGGAGUUGGAGUAAAAUAUGUAAGGCUGUGCAAAAGUUUGUUGGGUGUUAUGAGGAGGCUAAUCGAAAGAUAGGCAGUGGACAUGCAAGCAAGGAUGUCCUCAAUGCAGCAAAGAAGAUAUAUUUAAAUGACAGUGAGAAGAAAGAUUUCGUCCAUGAAAAUAAUUGGCAUAUACUCAGAGAUGAGCCCAAAUGGAAGGCCAGUUACUGCGAAUCAUCUCGUAAUAGUGGUGGAAGUUCAAAGCGAACGAAAACAAGUGAAGAUGGUGGUUAUUCAAGUUCGUGUCCGGCGACACCAUACUUUGAUGUGGAUGACCCAACUCCUCCUACUCGCCCCCCGGUAUUAAAGCAAGUAAGAAAAGGGGGAAACAGCGAAUUUAGCUCAAGUAUGGAACAUAUGGCAGCAGUCAAGGAACAAAGUUUGAAGCAACAACCCGAAAAAAUAGAAGCACUUCUGAAAGCUAAAAGACUGAAAAAAACAUCGAGAAAAAUUGAUCGGGAUGCUAAACGACUACAACUUGCUUCAAAUAAGAUGGAGAUGCUCAUGAUGUUAAUGGCCAAAGGUGAUGAUAAUCUGACUGAUUUUGAAAAAGGAGUGAAAGAAAGGUUGGCACGCGAAUGCUUUCCGUAA